UGGAAAGGUCAUGGAUAAAGAGGUUAUUUUAUUUAUUUAUAUCAACCUUCAAAAUUCACAAAGAUAGAUUUUAAAAUGUGAUAUCGUUUGACUUAUAGCAAAUUGUUUCUUAACGAAAUAAAUAUAGCUUUGCCUUACUUGUGUGAUGUCUAUAGAAGAAAGUGCAAGCAAUGUCCAGAAAUCAGGAUUUUCAGACAAAUUACCUUUGUUACGAUCCAAUUCAACCCCUGUGGCAAAGGUACAGCACAAAAAAUUGAUACAACCUGAUGAUACAUGUUCUCUAAUAUUAGAACCUUCCUCGAAUCUACCUCAAGACUGCAGAAAUCAUAGGAAAAAGGAUAGAAAUGACGCUCUUAUUUAUACAAACAAAAUAUACUGUGAUAAACCUGGUUCUCUAGAAGAUAUUUCAGCAAUGUCUAUUUUAAGUGUAUAUCAGAAUGAUACCAAUUUGGAAAGUGAAAUGGAUACAUGCAGAGACAUGGAAAACGUUAAUGAGUCAACAAAAACAAUCAACAUAAUACCAAACAAUCUAGAAUCAAAGUCAACUUCUGAUAACAAGACAGAACUAACGUGUUCAAGAAGAUGUUGCCCAGAAAACAAUGCAUCAAAAUGUGCAAGACCAAAAAUAUUUUUCUUAGAUGGCAAGAGAUCAGUUGAUUACAUCCUUGUAUGGGAUGCUUUCAAUGAAGAUUCCAUCAAACCUGAUGCUCACACCAAAAGACAGAUAUUUGAAACAAAUUUGAUGAGGGAAGGUUUAGAGUUGGAAUAUGAACCUCAGGAACCAAAUGGACUGAAUUUUGUUAAGAUACAUGCCCCCAAAGAGGUGCUUAGGAGAUACAGUGAAAUUUUAAAAUUAAGAAUGCCUAUGAAAGAGGAGUUAUGUAGAUAUCCAACAGAUUAUCAGAGGCCCACUGUGUUUCAAAAUAUUACAGAUAAGAUCCCAGCUUUGAGACAGGUAUCCAGGAGCACAAAUUUUCUAGUAGAAGAGUUACACAAUCAAUGGGAUAAGUUGAAAUUCUGGAUUUUCGUAGAUAAAAAGACGUUUCCUGAUAAAGGGCAACGAUUUACUGCAAUUUAUAGUAGAGAUAGGGAAUAUUUAUUUGACGUGGACUCGCCCUGUUUUUUCACACCAGCAAUUCAUUCUCGAAUAGUUCAAUUUAUUUUGGAUAGAAAGAGGUUCAGUAAUAAUCCUCAAAAUGACUUUGCCUUUGGCAUUGAGAGGCUCCUCAACGAAAAAGCGUACGCUGCAUCUUAUCCUUUACAUGAUGGAGAUCUCAGAGCCUCUGGAAGAAUGAGACAUCUACUAUACACAGAAUGGGCGUCUAUAAGAAAAUGGUACAAGUAUCAGCCCUUGGAUUAUAUAAAAGAAUAUUUCGGGGUUAAAAUAGCGCUGUAUUUUGCGUGGUUGGGGUUUUAUACGCAUAUGUUAGCCCCGGCUGCCAUUGUAGGCUUAGCUUGUUUUAUAUAUUCCUGUGCUACUUUGUAUAGCAACCAACCAAGUGAGGAUAUUUGCAACCAAAGACUGAAAGAAAAAAUGUGUCCACUUUGUGACGUCUGGUGUGACUAUUGGGACAUAAAAGAAUCUUGCGUCCAUGCCAGGAUAACUUAUUUAUUUGAUAAUCCGACCACUGUGUUUUUUGCUAUAUUUAUGUCUAUCUGGGCUACAUUGUUUUUGGAAAUGUGGAAAAGAUAUUCUGCUGAAAUAACGCAUCGUUGGGACUUGACUGGGUUCGAUAUACAAGAGGAACACCCCAGGCCUCAGUACUUAGCAAGAUUGGCACAUGUCAAACGAAAACAAAUGAACGUAGUAACAAAUACUAUGGAACCUCACGUGCCUUUUUGGAAACUGCGAGUACCUAUGACUAUAUUCAGCUUUUCAGUUGUACUGCUUUUGGUUACCCUGGCUUUAGCUACCGUUUUAGCAGUAGUUUUGUACCGAAUGUCUGUUUUAGUAUCGUUAAAAACAUUUAACAAAACAUUUUUAGUGAACAACAGCUCUGUGAUGCUGUUUACAACGUGCACCGCAGCUUCUAUAAAUCUGGUCUUCAUCAUCAUUUUCAAUUACAUAUACACAUAUGUUGCUGAAUACCUGACAGAAUUUGAGUUACUCAGAACUCAAACGGAAUUCGAUGAUUCGUUGACUUUGAAAAUAUAUCUCCUCCAAUUUAUAAAUUACUACGCCUCAAUAUUUUACAUUGCAUUCUUCAAAGGCAAGUUCAUUGGCCAUCCAAAGGGAUAUAAUAGGUUUUUCGGAUACAGACAAGAAGAGUGCGGGCCUGGAGGUUGUUUGAUGGAACUCUGCAUCCAAUUGGGAAUCAUCAUGAUAGGCAAACAAGCGAUGAAUACAAUCCUUGAAAUGCUUUUCCCACUUUUCUUCAAGUGGCUGAACACCCUCAAGGUCAAGACCGGGUUGACAAAAGACAAACUUUCGGGUAAGGGAUGCCAACCGCAAUGGGUGAAAGACUUCAAGCUGGUGGAAUGGGGACCAAGGAGUUUGUUUCCCGAAUAUUUGGAAAUGGUUCUCCAAUACGGAUUCGUGACAAUCUUUGUAGCAGCUUUCCCUUUGGCCCCAUUUUUUGCAUUGCUGAACAACAUACUGGAAAUGAGGCUCGACGCACAAAAAUUACUGACGUACUAUCGUCGUCCAGUCUCACAAAGAGUCAAAGACAUUGGCGUUUGGUAUAGGAUAUUGGAUUCUAUUGGAAAACUGUCAGUUGUUACAAAUGCAUUCAUAAUAGCGUUCACAUCAGACUUCAUCCCAAAGCUGGUCUACUUGAGUUCCCACCACAGCUUAGACAACUAUCUGCAGGACUCCCUAUCCUACUUCAACACUUCGGACUUCGAUAACUACUCCAGACCCAUAGACAGUAGCGAACUGGUGUGUCGGUACCCAGACUACCGAGAACCACCUGGUACAUCAAGGGAAUACCAACACACUUCGAUGUAUUGGGAAAUUUUGGCUGUCAGAUUGGCGUUCGUGGUGAUUUUUGAGAACGUCGUGGUGUUGGUUAUGAUCAUAGUGAAGUGGUGCAUUCCUGAUAUACCCAGUGCGCUCAGGGAUCAGAUCAGGAGAGAGGCUUAUAUUACCAAUGAGAUCAUCAUUCAGCAGGAGACGCUCAGGGCGCAAAGCGGAAAAUUACGACCAUCGUCGAAGAAAAUCGACAAACUACGAAAUAUCAACGAAGCUCCGGCAUCUCCAGAACAGUGGGAUCGUCUGAUAAGCAAAUCUCUCACGGGCAGCGACUUCGAUCUGCUGGUGCACCACGAAAACCAAGAUCGCGAGUGUUGUCAAAGAAAAGAUCCAAAGUCGCCGUCUUCCAUUUAAGUUCCUAUUUUUUCUAGUCAAUAUGAUGUGAUUAUGUCUUCGAAAAACAUAUUUAGUUAUUUAGAAAAGGAAGGAUAGUUAUGAGGAGCAAAGGAUGUUCCUAGCUCGAAUAGUACUUAUACUUUUGCAACUGUGUUAGGGAAAGGUUCCCACGUUUUAUGCCUAUCUAACUUUGGCGAAAUCCCGUAAGAUUGGGCGAUAAAACAAUCACUCUAAGUGAAUCUCGUAUUUUGCUCAGUUUAUAUUUUUGGUUUCUAAGCGAUCUUAAUGUACUUUUAGCUGCAGCAAAGAGAGCUGAAAGACAAAAAUGCACUGAAAUCUUGACCUGCUAAACUGCAGCUGUCAUGAUUCUCCUAUAGUAGGGAUUUUCAAUUUAUAUACGUACCUUUCAGGUUUUUUGAAAGAUUUUUCUUAGAACUUAAGAAUUUUUCUAACUACAAAGUUAAAGCCACUCGCAGAUAUCUAUGAUAAACUUCCAACCUCAAUUCCUUAUAAUUUUUGAGUGAAAAUACUUUGCUUCCACCAUUUCAUUAAUGUUGUGCAAUGUUAUCCUUGGAUCUUAAGAAAAAUAUAUGGUUUAAUAUGUUUGAUAGCACAAUAUAUUUGAAUGUUUAAUACGAAUAUAAAUUGAUAUAUGUAUAUACAAUGUGUUUGGUCACGACAUACCGAUAUUUGAGGGGGAUAUUUUUUAGCUAUUUUUAUCACCAAAUCCACCCCCUAUAAUGUCAUACCUCACCCCCUCUUGAAAUGGAUCCAUACCGCUGCGAACGAAAUUAGGGCUGAUGCGGCCAUGGUCUGCCGCUCAACAUGACACAUUGUUUUGAGAACAACAAUGUUCAUAACCAAUAAUGGAGGACAUUUUGAACAGCUUCUGUAACAUUAAACAUGUCCAAACUCUCUAUAAGAAACAUUGAUUUGUCAUUUUUAUGUAUAUAAAAUAUGAAAACAAUUUGCAUUUUAUUACACCCAUUUUGACCCAUGUUAGAUAGCAUUCAUUGCAUUAGCACAAAAAAGGUACAACUUCACAGACUAGUUUUUGAAUGGUGCGUGGAAAUGCACAAAAGAAUCAAUUUUCUUUCACAUUUCUUUUCUAUUUUUGUCUGCUUUUAAGUUUGUUUGACGUUAGUAUCAAAACAAGUUUUUCAUUAAUCGCUAGGACAACAUGUCAUCGUGCAAAUGAUACCAAACUUAUCAUUCUGUGACAAUUACGUACGCAGUUAUUACAAUUUUCAUACAUGCACUACCGUAAUCGUAACGUAAAAAUAAAAAUGGCUGCCAUUUCAACGGGGAUGAGGUAGGGCAUUGUAGGGAGGUCGAUUUGUCGAUAAAAAUAGCUGAAAAGUACCACUCUUAAAUAUCGGUAUGUCGCGACGAAACACAUUGUAUAUAUACUAAUUGACAUAUAAAUCCGAACACCCAGUUUAAAUGGUUUUAUUUUAAUAAAAUUUUGUAUAAGUACUUAAUGAAGCAUAAUAAGUAAAUGAUAAAAAUUUCAAAAUGAUUGCACUGCUUUAAAGCCCUUUGACCUUUAAUAAUGUGUCGAUCCACCCUGAUGUGCUACGCAUUCUCCAACGCGCCUAGGCAUGCUUCUGAUCGGGUCGUCAAUGUCCUCCUGUGGUAUCUCAUUCCAGGCAACCACCAACUCCUCUCGAAGUGCUUCUAGAGUCUGAGGAGGACGUUGCAAAUUGAGCAAUCUCUUACCCAUCAUAUCCCACACGUGCUCAAUUGGGGAUAAGUCGGGAGAUCUUGGUGGCCAUGGUAACAAUGUGACAUCAUUAUGUUGAAAGAAGUCUAUUGAGACUCUUGCAACAUGUGGUCGGGCAUUAUCUUGUUGGAAAGUUGGAUCUGCCAGGGUGUCAAGAUAGGGUAAAAGAUGGGGUUCUAGAACUCCGUGGAUAUAACCCUGCGCGUUCAUGUUACCUCUGAUGAAGAUUAAAGGUGACCUGGAACCAUAAGCUAUAGCACCCCAAACCAUAACUCCAACAGUGUGAUGAACAUGUCUUUCAUCAAAAAACUGUGGAUUCCUCCUUUCACCACGUCGCCUUCUAACCCUGGCACGACCAUCGUGCAUGCCUAAACAAAACCGAGACUCGUCACUAAAGACUAUACUGUUCCAUUCCUGAUCCCAGAGUGACCGUUGUCUGUACCACUCAAGGCGAUUACGUCUCGAGAUAAAGGGAGGACCCAGUGUGGCCGGUAUGAAAACAAGCCAAAACUUUUCGUCGGUAAACACUUCCCAUGCCAAUAGGUCUUCCGUGUUCUGCAAACCAUUCAUUUGCGAUGGACCUGGUAGUGGAGAAACGGUCCCUUAAGGCCAAUAAUCUUAGGCGGCGAUCUUCACGGUCUGUUGUUCUACGGCGGCGUCCAGUGCCCCUUGCUCUUUGCGUACGGCCUUCUCGAAGCCAUGCCUGACAACACCUAACCACAGUGUCUACACUUCUUUGCACUCUAACUGCAAUUGCCCGAAAAGAAAGUCCAGCUUCCCGAAGUCCCACUAUACGGCCCCUAACAAACUCACUAAGUUGACGAAAUCGUACAGGUCUCCGUACUCUAGGCAUCGUAACCGAUCGUAAAGGAUGUCAAGAACCAAAAUCCGCCAACGUUGAUUCUUUACUGCGGCUGAAAUAUUCAUUUUUAGCGCGUUAAUGAAUUAAAAAAAAGCAGUAUAAAAACCGGAAUGUCCAACUGAUAAGGCUGAAAAUUUUUUCACUUAUUUACAGUAAGAUAAAUACACUCACCAACUUUUAUUAAAAUAAAACCAUUUAAACUGGGCGUUCGGAUUUAUAUGUCACUUAGUAUAGACAUACAUACACUUUUUUAUGAAUCUUUGCACUAAUCAUGUGUUCAUAUAGCUUUGAAAUGACCAAAAGAAAAGACCAUUAAAUAACAAUAGGAGAAAAUAAUUUUUUCCUCCCUUUUAAGUACACUUUCUAAUAAUUCUGCUUUCAAUUCACUACAGUUUCUAAUGGCCUGUUUUCUCAAAUAUAAAAUGCUGUAUAAUAGGUGUAAGGAUAUUUUCUGUGACUAACAGCGCUUUAACGCUACGUGAUUUUAUAGGAAAAAUGCCAACUUUAUUUUUUUUCUGUGAUUAAUAUUGAUAUUGUUAUGUUAUGAUAUACCGUUUGUGUCAUAAAUAAAACACGCCGGUUAUAUUUCAGCAAUCAUUCAUUCCAGGAUGAUCAAAAUAUUUCAUUAUAAAAGUGACCUAAUGGAACAAGGUUCCGAAGAGAUGGCGUAAUUUUAACGAAAGUAACAUGUUUUUUUUUUUUAAAUAUCGCUCUCUAAUAAUUAUUGUACGAGCCUUAAAAUAAUUUUCAUUUCGCCCAGUCAUCGUGAAAAAAGUAUCAAUUCUUUUAGGCUGAAUGGUUCCUGAGAUACAGCCGAUGUCCUGUUUUAACAGCGCGUUCGAUAUAUGAUCUAUAUUAUGUACUGUAUAGUAACAAGAUAUACCGAGUGACAAAAAAAUUUAAACACCUACGUAACCGGCUAAUUCUACGCACACUAGGCAUUUCGAGCAAUCACAAAAAGACUUCUUAAUAAGCUACACGAAAUUUAACAUUUAACUGACACCGUAAAUGCACGAAAACUGAAUGCCUCUUCAUCACCAAACAAUACACCCAGCCACCACAAAAAUUUAACAUAAGAACCUGACCAUUUCAUCACUUGCUAUUCAUUCAAUUCAAUUCAAUGGACUUUAUUGUAACACAUACAUAAUUAUGUAUCCUUACAAAUGGCGAAGUCUGGCCAAUGGCCAUUUAUACUUAACCAUAAAUGUCAAUGCUUAUUACUACCUUCAAAAUAAAAUAAAAAAAAAACUGAAAAAGAAAAGGAAAAAGAAGAAUAAUAGUAAAAGAAGAAUUAAUAAAUAUGACAUAAUGCGUACGAUUAGAACAAAAAACAUAAUACGUACGAUUCAAAGAGAGGACAAUAACCUAAGAACUCAAUAAGUAGUUUUGAUAUUUUUUUUUAGAAAAGUUGCUGAUGAAACAUUGUUCGAAAGAGUUGAUCAAUUUCACCGCAUUAUACGUAAAAGACCGUUGAAAAAUGGCUGUCCUAUGUUGUGGCAUUGUCAGGAGAUUAAUGUUGCGCGUAUUCAAAUUGUGAAUUAAAUUCCUACGAACAAGCUUUUGCAUAAGAUAAACGGGAACAGAAGUUUUUAAUAUUUUUACGACAAAUGUAACAAAGUUGUAUUUGAAAAGAUCAGAAAUUUUCAACCAAUUCAUUGAAGAUAUUGAGUGAGAAACAUGAUCGUACCUUCUUAAAUUGUUUAUGUAACGACUACAUGAGUUUUGAAUUUUUUGCAGUCUGUAUUUUGUGAUUUCAUCCAGACAGGGAUAAUAAACUAUGUUGCAGUAAGCAAUUUUACUGAGUAUGAGUGACUCGCAUAACAUUUUCUUAAUUUUUCUAUUUAAAACAGUUUUACUUGCAUAUAGAAGCCUGAGUUUUAAAAUAACUAGACUUACACACAUAGCCAACAUGCUCCUGAAAUCUGAAAUCUUCAUCCAAGUACAAACCUAAAUUUUUUGCAGAAUGGGAAAAUAUUAGGAUACUAUUAUUUAGUGAUAAAUUUAACUUUGAUUUGAGGAAAGUACGUUUUUUCUUGGAGCAAAAAAGUAUAGCUGUCGAUUUCGAUGCGUUUAGAUGUAAAUUAUGUUUUGCAGCAUAUGUGCAUAAGUAUUGCACAUCUUGAUUGAUAAGGUUGUUAGCUAAAUGGUAGUUGUUCGGACAGAAAUUAUAAAAAACCUGCAUAUCAUCAGCAUUAUGAUUGACUAGAACAAUGUUGAAGGGUGUUAGAAAUUUCAAAGGUGUAUAUAAGGAAUAAAAGUGGACCUAAUAUGGAUCCCUGAGGCACGCCGGAACAAAUCGGCCUUUUGUCUGAAAGUUUAUUUUGUAUGACGAGAUAUUGAUGUCGUUCAUUUAAAUAGCAAUCUAUCCAUUCCAGAACCAAGUCGUCACACCCAAUGUAUUUACAUUUAGAAACUAACAGCUUGUGAUUCAGGGUGUCAAAAGCCUUGCUGAAAUCCAAUAAGACUAAUGUAGUUGCUUCUUGCCUAUCCGCCGCUGUUAGUACAUCGUCACAAACCCGUGCCAAAGCGGUAGUGGUACUGUGACCCUUUCUAAAGCCUGAUUGAUUUAAUGGCAAAAUGCUGCGUUCGAGUAAAUACUCAUUCAACUGCAUAUAAACUAUUUUUUCUAGAAUUUUUGAUAGAGCUGACAGCAAGCUAAUAGGUCGGAGAUCACCAGGAACCUGGGGAUUGGGAAUCUUUGGAAGAGGUUGCACUAAUGGCAAGAUAAAUCUAUACGUGAAACAUGCUUGAAUUCUAAUAGACAUACGUAGGUGUUCAACUUUUGUGUCACUCAGUAUAUUAUUAUAAUGUUAUGCAAAGCGUGAAAUCUGACUUUAUCAAAUGUUAUCGCUACUCAUUUUUAUGAUAUUGAAUGGG